CCCGCGCCCCCUACUUAGACGCAAGCUGGGACGCGGGCGGGGGAGAAGGCGUUGCUGCCGGAGCUGAGACCGGGCGGCCCGAGUCCGCAGGGAUGAACCUCGAGUUGCUGGAGUCCUUUGGGCAGAACUAUCCAGAGGAAGCUGAUGGUACUUUGGACUGCAUCAGCAUGGCCCUGACUUGCACCUUUAACAGGUGGGGCACACUUCUUGCAGUGGGCUGUAACGAUGGCCGAAUUGUCAUCUGGGAUUUUUUGACAAGAGGCAUUGCUAAAAUAAUUAGCGCACACAUCCAUCCAGUCUGUUCUUUAUGUGAAGUGGGAACAGGUCUGAUCCUCAAGGAGGCCCUCAGGGCACUCCUGCUGCGCAUGAAAGAAGGCCUGAGGUUGGACCUGGGCCAGCAGGUAGAGAGGACUGUGGUGGUGUUGCUACAGCAGGCUGCCGAGUUCCUCUACAAGGGCCGGACCAGCGAGUGUCUGCACACCAGCGAAGCGCUCCUGGACUACGCCUUGGAGAAGCUCAACACGGGGCCCUGGCAGGACGUGGACAAAGGUUGGCACCAGGUGUACUCCUUGGGCUGCCUUCUGAAAGCCACGUGUCUGUGCGAGGUACCCGGAGAUGCUGCCGCUGUGACAGUCACCCUGAGGGUCUGCGACAUGGGCCUAUUGAUGGGGGCAGCUGUCCUCGGGGGCAUCCUCUUGAAAGUUGCCACCAUCCUGCAGGAUCACCUGCUCUCUGGAGAGAGGCCAGCCCAGAGCCCAGCACUGGGCCCGCCCAGCACCAAGGUAGCCCGUGCGAUCAGCUUCUGGAUAGUAAAGCAACAAGCCAAUGUACUGUUCAUAUUUUCAAACAGGAACAAGGUACUCGUGUGCCCCAUGAAAUCUGCUCCUGUCAUGUUGACCAUUUCAGAUUCCAAACACGUCGUUCUGCCGGUUGACGAUGACUCUGACUUGAAUGUGGUUGCAUCUUUUGAUAGGCGAGGAGAAUAUAUCUAUACCGGGAAUGCAAAAGGCAAGAUUUUGGUUCUGAAAACAGACUCUCAGGAUCUUGUCGCUUCCUUCCGAGUAACAACAGGAACCAGUAAUACCACGGCUAUUAAGUCCAUAGAGUUUGCUCGGAAGGGGAGAUUACAGGAAAAUUGGAGUGCAUUUGCACCAGAUUUUAAAGAAUUGGACGAAAAUGUGGAAUACGAGGAAAGAGAAUCCGAGUUUGAUAUUGAAGAUGAAGAUAAGAGUGAGCCUGAGCAGACAGGGGCUGAUGCUGCUGAGGACGAGGAGGUGGACGUCACCAGUGUGGACCCCAUCGCGGCCUUCUGUAGCAGUGAUGAAGAGCUGGAAGAUUCAAAGGCUCUGUUAUAUUUACCCAUUGCCCCUGAGGUGGAAGACCCAGAAGAAAAUCCUUACGGCCCCCCACCGGAUGCAGUUCAGACCUCCUUGAUGGACGAAGGGGCUAAUUCAGAGAAGAAGAGACAGGCUUCAGCAGAUGGGUCCCAGCCACCUAAGAAGAAACCCAAAACAACCAUUAUAGAGCUUCACGGAGUGCCAAACGAUGAAGUCCACCCACUGCUGGGUGUGAAGGGGGAUGGCAGAUCCAAGAAGAAGCAAGCAGGCCGACCGAAAGGAUCAAAAGCAGGGGGAGCCAUCUCAGAGCUGUUGUGAAGACCCUCGGAGUUCUUUGUCCUUCCUCCACUUUCGGCCGGUGGCGUCUGGACCCUGUGGUCAGUCAUUUGAGACUGACUUUAAUUUAAAACAAAGGCUCUGCUUCCCACCCAGGAGGGGGAAGGAGUGAAUUUUAUGUUUGAAUGAAGAUGCGAAUUAUGGAAGAAGAGCUUACGUCCCUGCCCUGCCCUUCCAAGCAUAAGUCCACAUAGGCUCUCAGGAACAAGGAUGUGUGAAGACAGACGUCACAUGGGCGUUUGGACUCAUUUUAACGUAAGGUUGCUGGAGAAAAAGAUACCUGUGGGUUUUACUCCCCUCCCCCAGUGUUGUGUCGCCGGUCACUGGCUGUCUCCUCUGCCACCGCCUCCGUGCCUGUCCUGGGGACUCGCUUCGCCCGCUCCCAGCCAGCGUCCCAGAAAAAUACUUUGAUGGCCUGUUUUCUUUCUUGAGGCGUUUUUAAACCUGCUCCUUUAGCAGGCCCCUCCUCUUUUUUCAUCCUGUGUAUAAAGGAUGGACAAUAAAAGAAAGUGCUCGAAAGAUUUCAGGCUCCAGAAGGGAGGAAAGGUAAGGAGGCCCCUCUUCCUACCAGCUCCAGAAGCCAGGCUGGAGGAGCGCCAGGGGGGGAGCUGUUUUAUUUUCUCCUGUUCCCUCCUUUUCAUGUUUCCCUCCAGGAUUUUGCUUGUUCUUACUAAUCAUGGCUCUUGAGGAUCGUUACUUUCACCUGUCUCCAGCAAAGAAUCACCAGUAGUUCAUAGUGCGCUCUCUGUGCUGGCUGCCAGAGAUGGAAAGCAAACCAAGGGGUCUCUUUCCUUCGUUUUUGUCCUUGGGGUGGGGGAGUCUGCCAGGACUGAUUAAGACGCCCAGAAUCACAGCAGCAGCACCGCAGUUCAAAUCAAAGAUGAACGUGAUUUUCUUCUCCGUCUGUCACGGUUUCCUUCCUGGUCCGAGCUCUGCCCUCUGACAUGUGCCAGUCCCCUUCCUUUCUGUGAAAGGUUGCUUUGUUUUCUCUCUCUCUUUGAUUUUACUGCUCUUUAGCUAAAACGUAGCCAACUGGAUGGACAUGAACAUGAGUUGGCUGAAACUCAGAAAGUCCACAGUAAAGAAAGCAGGUGGGGAAAGGGCUCACUGGCCCUUGCUAAUAGAGCCUUGCUACAGCUGACCGGAAGUUGGCUGCCCUGGGUCAUCAGUUUCCCAACAUCUUCAAAGGGGAGUUUCAGCACCAUACCCACUGUGAGCCUCCAUCAGCUGCUUGGGGCUCCCACAGGGAGCUGAACAAGCUAAUGAGUUCCGGGGUCUUAGCUAGAAACCAGGGUGGCACACAGACGUCAGUAAGCCCUGUGCCCUCACUUAGAAGCAGUACACUCUGUAGGUGAAAGACAGCUCUCUCGGAGGCCCUUGCAGAGUGGCGGUGCUCUCAGCGCUGCUGUGUGUUCCGCUAGUGCCCUUCUGUGGAUGUCAUAUGAGUUGUAUCGGGAGUAGAGAUUGGGGGGUGGCUCGGUGUGCGCGGUUUGUUUUGCAUAUGUUAUCCCCAUCCCGUUUGCUCUACACUGUAUGCUACAGUAAUGUGCAAACCCUGUGAUAUAAGGGGUUCUGGCCUUCUUCCCUGAUACAAGGGGUGUGGCGCAGUGGCCUGGCUUCCUGUUCCUGUACGAGCAUCUGGAUGUUCAUGCCGCGGCCACCACCUAAACGAGCUACUAAGAAAACCGACUCCUGCCUUGUCAGACUGUCUCUGGCUGCAGCCUCUAAUCCGAACUUAUGCUUUGGGGCUUCUUUCUUUUCCCCCAGCUCCUAGGGCCUUCUGUCCAUUUCAGUUUGAGUCUUGGGUUGUACAGUGUGUGUAUGUUCUCGCCUCCCCUCAGGGCCCUCCCGCUCCCGUUGGAUUUUAGUGUUCUGUAGUUUUGUACAAGAUGAGACUUAGCCUUGGGUAUUUCUUGCUGAAGCUUUCAUGCUUUGUAAAUAAACUUGUAUGUUUAUU